UAAAAAUUUACAAAGCUUUAUUCUAUAAUAUGUUCCCUGUAGUUCAAGUAGUUAAUUAAUAAAUCCUGAACACAUAUAUGCACUCUUUUGGCUAGUAGGAAACACCUGAUACCUGUUAUUUCUUAUUGUAUUUGAAUAGAAUUGUUUUCUUCAGUGUCACUCUAUGGAAAAAAUCUUUUCCUUAGUCUCAAUUAACCUGUAUUUCCUCCAUCUGCUGCAUGCAGCCUGCUCUUUACAGAGCUUAGCAUGUGAUGAAUAGAACAAGGCUUCUAAAACCUUUAAUCAGUCUAUACUCAAGCAUCCUUCCGUCUCGAUGCUGCUCAUUCAAUGAAGGAAUUUUCCUUUCCAUGUAGAAAUCAGAAAUUGUUGUAAGACAUCCACAUAAAACCCCAAAUAUUAAUUUCACAAUUUGAGCUAACAGAGUCUUUGACUUUCCACAUAGAGCUGAGGAACCGCAAAAUAAAAUGUUCAGUUCUAAAGUGUUGAUCAAGCCUCUCCUCCCUAGCUGUGGGAGAACCUACCACUGAGAAUAUUGGUAAAUGGUAUUCUUGUUAGAAACAUUUUAAAUAUGUGUUUCCUGAUGAAUGAGAGAGUGAGCUUGUCUGAUUCUUCCAUGGAGAGAAAGCUCGCUGAUGUGGGUGACAUAAAUAAGAAAACAACAGCAGUGUGGUAUUACUGUGCCUUGGGCUUUGGUAUAAAUUGUGAAAGAAUCUUGCCUGGGAACCCACUCUGACAGGUCUCUGAAGUGUGGUCUGUCAUUAGCUCUUAGUCAGAGCUGAACUGAGCCAGUGUGAUCCUUCUGCAUUUUGAUGUCAACCCCAUACAUAAGGAACAGACACAGCUGCCAUUUUCCUUCCAUAGAAAUGAGCAUCCUGCUGCUUAAUGGGUGCCAGGAUGACAAUUCGUCAGAAAGACUAAUUGGCAAAGGAAGCCAAAUUUGUGACCACAACUCUUCAGAGAUGUCUUCGGCAAACUGGCUCCGAACUCAUGGCCUGGUGGCCAAGAAACUCACCAUCAUGGAUGCCUUGUCUUCUACUGCAGUGCCCCACAGCCCCACCUAUGUCCCCAUCCUGAAUAAGCAUGUUGUUUCCAAGGUCUUUGAUGAGGUGUUUCCCCUGGCACACGUGUGCAAUGGCACCAACAAGAUAACAUUGAUUAACCCCCAAGGAGUCAAACUCAACGUCUACAAGCAAAAAGUGGAACAGGCAAUUAGAUCCUAUGAGAAAUGAGUAUUAGUCUUGAAUAUUCUUGAAUGGAUAUAAGUUAUUUUAGCUUGUUUUCUCUGGGUUUAUCUUAAAUUGUUUUGUCUGAAGCAGCAAUUUUAAAAUGGUCCAACA